AUGGGUGCUAAUUUAUCAAAGGCUCUCUCCAAGAUGUUUGGUAGCAAAGAAAUGCGUAUUCUUAUGUUGGGAUUGGACGCCGCAGGAAAGACCACCAUCCUUUACAAGUUGAAACUGAACCAAUCAGUCACUACUAUCCCGACCGUUGGUUUCAAUGUGGAAUCAGUAACAUACAAAAACGUCAAAUUCAAUGUGUGGGAUGUUGGAGGACAAGAUAAAAUUCGCAAUUUAUGGAGACACUACUACACUGGAACGCAAGGUUUGAUUUUCGUUAUCGACUCUCAAGACAGGGAUCGUAUCGAUGAAGCCCGUCAAGAGCUGCAUCGUAUUUUAUCAGACAGAGAAAUGAAGGAUUGUCUUUUAUUGGUAUUUGCCAACAAGCAAGAUUUGCCUGGUGCCAUGUUACCACAAGAAGUUACAGAGAAAUUGGGUUUGGAUAAAAUGAAAGAAAGACCAUGGUAUGUUUAUCCCUCUUGUGCAACAACUGGUGAAGGCUUAUUUCAAGGUUUGAACUGGUUGAGUCAAAAUGUAAAAUCAAAGUAA